CAGAGCUGAGUGGCAGAAUCCUGGAGCUUGCAGAGAAGCAGAGCAUGAGAGAGACAAAGCAGUGCUGUGUGCCAUAGUCAGAAAGCAAGCCCACAAACCAUACCUAGCCAUCAUCAUCAUGAAUUUUGACGGCUUAGAUCCUGCUUUGGCGGAGUAUGCCCCAAGCCUGCAUCCUCCUAUGGACCCAAUCCUUGAUGCCCACUUGAACCCCAGCCUCUUGCAGACAGUGGAACUGGAUCAUGACGCACUGGAGGGGCUCCCUGUAGCUGAUACUGUGAGCAUGAUGGAAGGAAUGUACUCUGAGUUGCAGACUGCUGUGUCUGAGGUUGGGGUACCUGUAUCUGCUGUACACUUUGAUCUUCAUGAAGAGAUGUUAUGGGUUGGCAAUCAUGGGGGACAUGCCACUUCCUUCUUCGGCCAUGACCUUGAACGAUAUUCCUCUUUCCAAGUACACAGCAGUAAUGAUAUCCGGCAGAUCCAGAGUUUGGAGAAUGGGGUGAUGUUCCUCACAAAGAAUAAUCUGAAAUGCAUGACUCGUGGGGGGCUUAUUAUCUUUGACUAUCUGAUGGAUGAAAACAUCGACAAUCACAGCCUUUUGCUUACAGACAACAGCACUCUGCUUCUGGGAGGGAUGCAGAAUCAUGUCAUUCAGAUGGACCUAAACACUGUACAAGAGACACAAAAGUACACAGUUGAGGUCCCAGGGAUCACCAUCAUGAGACAGUCCAAUCGUUUCUUUUUCUGUGGGCACACAUCAGGAAAGUUAUCCCUUCGAGAUCUACGUACAUUUAAAACUGAGCAUGAAUUUGAUGCCUACUCGGGCAGCUUGUCUGAUUUUGACGUUCAUGGAAAUCUUGUAGUGACAUGUGGCUUUUCUAGUCGCAUGAAUGUCCUAGCUUGUGACCGUUUCCUAAAAGUGUAUGACCUGCGUAUGAUGCGAGCCAUCACGCCUCUACAAGUACAUGUUGAUCCCCUUUUCCUGCGUUUUAUUCCAACCUAUACCUCACGCCUAGCUAUCAUCUCUCAACGUGGUCAGUGCCAGUUCUGCGAACCCACUGGCCUUGCCAGCCCUGCAGACAUAUUCCAUGUUAGCACAGUGAGCCAAGCUAUUAUGUCCUUUGAUGUGUCAUCUAGCAAGCAAGUGCUGGCUUUUGGAGACUCUGGUGGUUGCACCCACCUUUGGGCAGACACUCCUGAUGCAACGUUUAACACCUACUCUCGUGGCACAGAAUUUGCACUGCCGUGCAUGGUGGACAACCUGCCGCACCUUGAUUGGAUUCAGGAUCUUAUGCCGCUCUCACUUAUUCCUAUGCCUCUGACCAAUGAGACACUGUUAUCAGAUUGGCCAGCCAUUAACUCCACACCUGCCCCUCGGUGGGCUCCUCCUGUGGAUCCUGAAAUACUGCGCAACAUGAAGCAAGUUGGAUUCAUUGGAUACUCUCCCAACCCUAGGACAAAACUUCGGAACCAGGUACCAUAUCAGCUGGAAAGUGAGUCUGACAUCUUCAGCCAAGUUCCAGAGUCUCCUAUUGGGCGAGAGGAAGAACCACAUCUGUACAUGGUGGCCAAAAAGUAUCGCAAGGUCACAAUAAAGUAUUCAAAACUGGGACUGGAAGACUUUGACUUUAAACACUACAACAAAACCUUGUUUGCUGGUUUGGAACCUCAUAUUCCCAAUGCCUACUGCAACUGCAUGAUCCAGGUGAUGUAUCUGCUGGAAGCAGUGCGAUGCCUUGUACAGAACCACCUUUGUCAGAAAGAAUUCUGCCUGAGCUGCGAAUUAGGCUUUUUGUUCCACAUGCUGGAUCUGUCACGGGGAGACCCCUGCCAGGCUAGUAAUUUUCUGCGGGCCUUUCGAACGAUUCCAGAAGCAGCAGCACUAGGGCUUAUACUGGCUGACUCGGAUGAGGCAACAGGGAAGAUUAAUCUAGGUCGCCUGAUCCAGAGUUGGUGUCGCUUCCUUCUGACACAACUACAUCAAGAAACACAGGAGCUGGAAGGACCACAAGCUUACCGAGGUGUUGGGAGCAGCAGGUAAAUGUGAAAAAUGUGAAAAUUUCUGACGUUGAUUUGAACUGAAACACUGACAGCUUCAUUUAGUAAAAAAGCUAAUAUUUUGGCUGAAGAAAGUAGCUUCGGGUUUGGACAAAAACAUUGGUGCCACGCCUUCAUUAAUGAGCCUCAGGUGGGAAAGCGAUAUCUUGUAAGAGUGCUAAUAUAUUGUUAAGCACACCAGAGAAAUCUGUUCCAUUUAAUCUAGUUGAAAAUAAAGGUCUGCGCUGCUUUAAUAAAUAA